CAUCUACCCCUCACAUGUACGAUACCUAUCGUUCGAACAAGGACUGACAUGUUAAGCCUAGCACCAGCGAUAUUACAGAGAAAAAAUUGAGUUUUUAACAACAUGUCUUUCCACGCUGACUUUAUAUAACGCUCUCAGCUGGCAGCGUCUCGGAUUUUGUUCUGAACGUAAAGCAUUAAGCUAGCAGGCCGUCGCCAGCCGGGAUCCGAUUCAGAAUUAGGAGCAGAGCCAAAACAACAACAGCAUCAUCAUCAAUGGUGUUUCUACAUCCACGAGGAGUCGCGUUGUCCUGUGUGUGCUCAAUGAACUGUCUCCUCAGCUCACAUCACAGCUGCUCAUGUAUGGCAGUUGCAAGGCGUGAAGGAGAGUUCUGCCAAGCCCAGCACCUGCUACUCAUUGUGGACAAGUGAACCACAGAGACUAGAAAAAACACAAAUACUGCACAAACACAGGUCUUUCCUGUCAUCUUGUUAAAACUUCAUGAAGAAAUCUUUCAAAACAGCAGAGGCUCUGUUUUUUAUUUUUGUUCUUCUCAAUCAUAUUUCCCUUUCUUUCCACUUCCCACUCGUUUGUCCUUGUCAUCUUUUGCUUAUCUGAUUUACCUCUCUGGAUGGGUUGACAUUUUUAAAGGAAGUCUGGUUUGAUCUUUUUUUUUUUUUGCUCUCAAUUUCCCCGUCUCACUCAAUCUUAAGAUUUUGUCAAUCAUUCAUUCUGUCUAACAUAAGACCUUUGCGGGUGAAAACAUGAAUCGACUUGCUCCAGUGGAAAUCACUUAUGACUGUUUAAGGUUUCUCAUCACGCACAACCCCACUAACGCACAACUUGGAAGAUUUAUAGAGGAUCUAAAGGCAUAUGGAGCUAACACCUUGGUUAGGGUUUGUGCUGCUACUUAUGACAAGGCACCAGUGGAACAAGAAGGCAUUCGGGUCCUGGAUAUGCCAUUUGAUGACGGUUCUUCCCCCCCAGAUCAAGUGGUCGACGACUGGCUGAGUCUUUUACAGACAAAGUUUCGAGAUGAGCCAGGCAGCUGUGUAGCUGUGCAUUGUGUUGCUGGACUGGGAAGAGCUCCAGUCCUGGUAGCCCUUGCUCUAAUCGAGUGUGGAAUGGAGUAUGAAGAUGCUGUUCACUUCAUAAGACUGAAGCGACGUGGAGCCUUCAACUCAAAGCAGCUGCUUUUCCUGGAAAACUACAAACCCAAACUGUGCUUGCGCUCCAAAGAUGCUAACGGACAGACAUGCACAAUACAGUAGCAGUUUAGUAGGUGGUUCAAGCAUGUUUUGAUGAUAUUGUAUCUUUUAAAAAGUUGAAGACUUGUGUAAAACAUAAUAGUAAGAUGACCUCAGAAGUGAUUAGAAUUGUGUCGUAAGUUUUGACUCACUUUUUUAUUAACUUGGACUCCGCAAGUGUGCCAAGUCAUUUUCAUUUUACAACUGUGCAAAAUUUGUAGACAAAAAUUUUGAAAAGUCUUAACAGGUAAACAUGUCUUCAUAUUUUGGGUCAUUUAUUUAACUCGUGACGUGCACAAGAUGUGCCAUGAAAGAUUUUGAUCACUUCCUUAUUCAUUUUCAGGCAUUUUAGGUUCACUUCUUUGAUAGUCAUUGACUGCCAUUGAUGGAGCUAGAUGUCUAAUCCAUUUUGACUUGGGCGAAUGCACUUUUUGCCCUCUCCCUGGAUUUGAUGUCUAGAGAUGUCAAUGGCACUGAAAGAUGAGCAUUCACAGCCAGUCGGUUUAAAUGAAUUGGACGUCUAACGUCACCAAUGGCUGAAAAUGAGUUAAGUAUCAGCUCUUCCUACAUACUUAAAAGGGGGUUGGUUGUGUCGCAAGCAAAAAAAAAAACAUUAUUGAGCCCUUUCCACUAGAGCUGCAGCUAUCGAUUAUUUUAGUAGUUGAUUAAUCGAGGAACUACUUAGUUCAAAUAAUCGAGUAAUCGGAUAAGGAACAUUCAUUCAUUCAUUUUCCAUGCCGCUUAUUCCUCACGAGGGUCGCGGAGGUGCUGGAGCCUAUCCCAGCUAACUUCGGGCAGUAGGCAGGGGACACCCUGAAUUGGUUGGAUAAGGAACAUAAAAAUUUAAAAUACCUGAGCUGAGCCUCAAACAGUAUAAAAAUAAAUAAAUAAGGAUCUAAGUACAACAAAAGAAAAAUUGGCAAACUUACAUAGCAAAAGUCCACUAUCUUAAAUGCUAUAAAACAUUUUUUUACAAUGCUGUUAAGAAAUGGUUCAAACACAUAUUCCCACAACAAAAACGGCUAAAUAGACCUGUAAACAAACUAUGAAUGCAUUAAAAAAAACAUUAGCGCAAACAAAAACCUAGCUCAUGUUGUUCUUAACAGGGAGCAGCCAUGUGAAAUGAGUUAUGUCAUAUUCACUGUUGCCGCUAGAGAGCAGUGUAUCCUUCGAAAUCAAUAAAACUGAAUGCAAACACUUUCAAAACAAACCAUUACAACGCCACUUUGAUUAAACGAAUACUCGAAGUAGCAAAAUUUAAUUUGACUCUUUCUAAUUGAGUUACUUGAGUUAAUCGAUUAAUCAUUGCAGCACUACUUUCUACACUGUACAAUUCAAUGCUAAAAAUAAGGUAGCUAUGCUACCACUUUAUAGUACUGUAUUGGCAAAAUGAAGGCCUACGGAAUAAUGUUAUUCAAGAUUCCAAGAUGUAACAGAGGCCAUGUAUCCUUACAGCCCUCCCUUUGCGCACAGGAAUUUUGGCAUUCUCAAGAGAUUGUUGAUAGUAGCAACUCCAGACGCCAAUUGUUUACUGUAAUGUGUAGCUUGCAUUGAUCAUCUCAAUACCACUCACAUGAAUAUUAAAAAAAAAAAAAAAAGAAGAAAAGAACUAUCACAAAAGCAGUGAACAAAAGUUGAAACAUUAAAAAGCAGACAGAAGAGGGACAGCAUUCUCAAGACUUUUUUUUUUUUUUUUACCGAAGAAUCCCAAAUUAACAAAGGAACGUGGGUAGGAUGUGUUUUUUUUCACAGCAAUUUCGUUAGGUGUGUUUUUCAUUACCAACAUUUAAUUUGACGUCACUAUUAGCAGUCAUGACCUGGUCGUCGUUGGCUUUUGCGACACAAAAAAAACUUUUUUUUUGUUGUAAAUAUUAAAUAUUGCAUCUGAUGGUUUUUACAUCCAAAUAAAUUAUUGGACUUUGUUUUGUGACACACCCAUUUUUAUUUUUAUUCCUUUUAAAUGUUUACUUUGUGAAUGUUGUUUAUGUGUAGUUCCAACCUUUAUUCAAACUAGUUUCCAGGAUGUAGCACAGAUAGUAAUGUUAAGAAAAGAUCUUCACAUAUACGUACGCCAGACAUAAAGCAAACGGAACUGUUUUAGGCAAAUGUCACUGUGUUAUUCAGUUCUAAUGUGCCCAGUAUUUGUUCCAUGUCACUGUGUUUCUCUGUAGAAUAUUGUUUGCGAGUUUUCACCGAUGGUCACCAAGUCUUGCUAUGGGCAAUAGGUUAAGAAUUGUUUUCUCUGCAGUACCCUUAAAAACAAACAAAAUAAUUGCAUAUUAUUCUCUCUCCAAAAACAUUUAAGUGCUAAAUGUGCAAAAAACAAAAAAAUCUCAGCAAUCAGGGAGGCAAAUACUUUGACUAUAUGAUGAACAUUUUAUCAGUUGUCUCAGCUGUGAGAACCAUGGGGGAAAAAAAACAUUUUCUUAUUUGCCUGGCCUUUCCUUUCAUGGUGCUGUGUUCUGUCUACAUGGUAUAUAGUAUAUUGGAUCACUGUAAUCCAUGCCAGACUGUUUAUAGUCAUUGGUGUGCAUUGUAUGUAACAGACCGCAUAGACACACUUACUGUACCUACAUUUUUUUUAAACCAUAGAGGACAACUUUUGCCAAUAUGGCAAGUUCUUGUCAUCUUUGGUGCACUUGUUUGUGUUUUGUGUUAGACUAAAAUUAAUGUGUAACUUGGUUUAUUUGCUUUUCCUUUUUAUCUGUACAGAUGAUUUAUUUAUUUUACUGUGUUUGUGUGAUAUACCUGUUAAUAUUAAACGUGAUGAGUAGA